CACGCCACUGCGGCCUGCGAGGGACUCUACAGCCUCUACAGCCUCUACAGCGAUGUGGCGAGCCGCAGCGCUGGCGCUGUGCGCGGCCCACCUGGCGCUCUGCGGGGCCUCCUGCGACAAGGCGCUGCCGGACACGACCUUCAUGCUGAACGGAGCCAACCUGGAGUGGCCUUGCCCCUCCACACGCAGCAUCUACGUGUCGUCGGGCCGCUACGUGCCCAAGAACGUGAUCGCCACGCGCCUGCAGAUCUACAAGGACGAGGCGUUCGUGCUGAUGCCGCGCUACAAGCCCGGGGUGCCCUUCACGCUGGGGAAGACCUCGCUGCGCGGCAAGAGCUGCCUGGCCUCGCUGGCGCCCUUCCCCUGCUGGAGCCUGCAGGAGGAGGGCAACUGCGAGGCGCUGCAGUCGGCCGUGGACCUGUUCCUCGACCCCAACGACGUGCUGUGGGUGCUGGACGCAGGCGUGGUGAACACGCUGGAGCAGCCCGUGCGGCGCUGUCCGCCCAAGGUGGUGGCCUUCUGCGCCAAGACGGGCAAGGUGCUGAAGGUGCUGGACCUGUCGGCGCUGGUGACCACGGCCUCGCGCCUGCAGUACCUGGUGGUGGACUACGCGCCGGACGGCAGCAUACACGUGUACGUGAGCGACGCGGCGACGCGCGCGCUGCUGGUGUGGGACGUGGCCGCCGGCCGGGGACGCCGCGUGCUGCUGCCCAGGGCCGUCACGGAGAGCUGCACGCGGCGCGACGUGCUGUACCUGGCGCUGGUGCGGCGGCCCUGCGGCACCACGCUGCUCUACCUCACCUACCUGUCGGGCUGCCGCGUGUUCUACGUGAAGACCUCGCAGCUGCGCCGCGGCGCGCGCCCCGCCGUGGUGGACGCCGGCCGCAAGCCGGGCCCGCUCGUGCUGCUCGGCUCCGACGGCGGCCAGGCGCUCUUCUUCCGCGCCAGGGGCGAGGGCGACGUCUACAUGUGGAGCACGGACACCCCGCUGCGCGCAGACAGCUUCCUGCUCGUGCAGAAGGGCAGCGAGUGUCGCCUGGCCACCCAGGUGGCGCCCGGCUACAAGCGCCUCAUGUGGCUGCUGGAGAGCAACUUCCAGGACUUCAUCGCGGGCACGGUGGGGUGUGCGGGGGCGAGCGUGGCGCUGCACCCGCUCGUCAAGACGUGCGACUGAGCGCUCGCGCCCUCACUCAUGUGAAUAUGUACAUAUAUAUGUAAGUUUUGUUUUGUACAAAGUGAUAUUACAAUAAAACAUUUUUUUUUCAAAAAU